GGAAGACGAAGCAGAAGGAGGAGAAAGAGAAGAAGAGGAACCAGACCAGGGCGGACCGAAGGGGGCCAGAAACUCACCAGGUAUGGCGGCGGUGUUGCCGAGAACCCUGGGUGAGCUGCAGCUCUACAGGAUCCUGCAGCGAGCAAACCUGCUCUACUACUACGAGGCGUUCAUCCAGCAGGGCGGCGACGACGUGCAGCAGCUGUGCGAGGCCGGCGAGGAGGAGUUCCUGGAGAUCAUGGCCCUCGUCGGCAUGGCCAGCAAGCCGCUGCACGUGCGCCGCCUGCAGAAGGCGCUGCGCGACUGGGUCACCAACCCGGCCAUCUUCAACCAGCCGCUCACCUCGCUGCCCGUCUGCAGCAUCCCCGUCUACAAGCUGCCCGAGGGCUCGCCCACGCUGCUCAGCGCUCAGGACCGAGCCAACACCGCCAGCGUCAAGAUGCCCAAGGCCGUCGCAGCCGCCUGCUCAGAUCCAGGGAAGCUGGACGUGGCGCGGGACAAAGUGUCGGCCGGGUCGCCCCUGCAGGGCGGCAGCGAGGCGCGGUUCUGGUCGGGCCACAGCAACGACAGCGAGCACAGCCUGUCCCCGUCAGACCUCGGCUCCCCGUCCUCACCCAGAGACGCUCUGGAGGCUCUGGAUGCUGCGGCUGUCCAGUCCGUCCUGGAGUGCGUGGACCGGAUGGCGCCUGGACUCCCUAAGACAGAUCUGACCGAGGUCAAAGAGCAGCUGAAGAACAACAAAAAGCUCGCCAAGAUGAUCGGACACAUCUUCGAAAUGAGCGACGAUGACCCGCGGAGGGAGGAGGAGAUCCGUAAAUACAGCGCCAUCUACGGACGCUUUGACUCCAAGAGGAGGGACGGCAAACACCUGACUCUGCACGAGCUGACGGUGAACGAGGCGGCGGCUCAGCUCUGUAUGAGGGACAUGGCUCUGCUGACACGUCGGGACGAGCUGUUCGGACUCGCCCGGCAGAUUUCCAGAGAGGUCACCUACAAAUACACCUACCGCACCAGCAAGUCUCGCUGUGGAGACAGAGACGAGCCGUCCCCCAAAAGGAUAAAAACAGAGGAGAACUUCUUCGACAUCCAGGAGGCGCUGCAGGCCAUCCACAUGAGGCAGGAGAUGCUGAGGGAGCAGCUGGCCUGCGCCAAGUUGAAAGGAGAGGAAACGGUCGGGCGAAAUCUGCAGAUGCAGCUGGAGCGUCUGCUGGCGAGGCAGAUGGAGAUCCUGCAGGACGCCGCCGUUCAGGAGCGACUCCAGGCUCUGGACUGGAGGAUCCCCCCCGCCGCUUUAAAGUACCUCAACGACGCCCAGAACACUAACGGAGCCGCCGCCGACGCCAGCAGAGACAACCAAGACGAACGUCCGAUCAACUUGCGGGUGGUUAGUCAAAGCAUGCAGGAAGGCGACCUCCCAUUGGGCAAGCAGCUAGCCAAUGAACUGAAGCGUCAUCACAAUAGCAACCACAACAACAACAACAACAACAACAACACAGACGAGACCAAAACACCAGCAACAGAAAACGGGACGUCGCAGCGGGCGACCAGCAACGCAGAGAAGAAGAUCAUCAAGUCAGAGCCCGAAGACUCCACAUAG